AUGGUGUGCAAAGUGCAUGCAAGUGACUGUAUUUGCAGUGUUGUGACAAAGUUCUACCAACACAUUCUGGCCUUGGUGUUUGCUGUUGAUGAAAUCAAUGAGAAUCCCAAGAUCUUGCCCAAUGUCUCCCUUGGGUUCCACAUCUAUGACAGCUACUCUGAUUCAAGGAUGACCUACCGCACCACUCUGGAUCUGCUCUUUAAAUCAACUCAGUUUGUCCCCAACUACCAAUGUGGCAUCUGGAAAAAUGUAAUUGGAGUCAUUGGGGGACUUGGCUCUGUUACCUCCUCACAAAUGGCGGACAUCUUAGGUGUUUACAAGAUUCCACAGUUUCCGUAUGGCUCAUGUCAACCAGUUGUGAAUGAUCCAAUCAAUGUUCCCUCCUUUUAUUGCAUGGUCCCCGAUGAUGGUCUUCAGUACCAAGGAAUUGUCAAGUUACUUCUCCAUUUCAGCUGGAAAUGGAUAGGGCUCAUUGCCAAAGAUGAUGAAGGUGGUGAGUAUUUUUUGCAGGCCAUGGAGCCAAUACUAUCCAGGAAUGGAAUCUGUUCAGCAUUUGUACAGAGAGCUCCAGAACGUUUGCGUAUUGUCAGUACAGAUGAACUUAUCAAGGACGCUCAGAGUAUUUUACCCAUUCUCAGUACGAGCAAUGUCAAUGCUGUUGUUAUAUAUGGAGAAACUGCAUCAAUUAUAUGGUUGGCAAACAUGAUAGGGAUAGUCAGAGUAAUGCAAGGACUAUUUCCUCAAAAUAAAAUGUCAUUCUCUGAAGCAAAAGUGUGGAUUACAACAGCCCAAAUCGACUUCGCAUUACAUACCCUUCAUAAGCUUUUAGACAUUGAUAUACGUAUUUUCCAUGGUGCUAUUUCCCUCUCAAUUCAUUCAAAGGAGCUACAAGGCUUCCAGGAAUUUCUUCAGUCGAUCAACCUUUCUUUGGCAGAUGAAGAUGGUUUUAUCAUCAAUUUUUGGGAACAAGCAUUCAGUUGUUCGGUUUCAAACUCCACAUUCAACUAUGGCACAUGUUCUGGAGAGGAGAGGCUGGAGAGCCUUCCUGCACCUCUUUUUGAAAUGAGCAUGACUGGCCACAGCUACAGUGUCUAUAAUGCUGUCUAUGCCCUGGCUCAUGCUUUACGUAUCAUGCGCUCAACUAGAGACAACCACAGAACAAUAGAGACCAGGGACAGAGCGUCUCCUCAAAAAGUGGAAUCCUGGAAGCUCCACUCAUUUCUUCAGAGGAUCUCAUUCAACAACAGUGCUGGGGAUGAGAUUACAUUUAAUAAACAAGGAAAAUUAAUAGCUGGAUUUGAUAUUACAAACUUGAUUACUUUCCGGAAUAACUCAUAUGUCAGAAUGAAGUUUCCACCCACUUCAAUGUGUAAUGACAAUUGUUGUCCUGGUUAUGGAAAGAAAAAGAAGGAGGGGAAGAAAUUUUGCUGCUAUGAUUGUGUUCCAUGUCCAGAAGGAAUGAUCUCAAAUGAGAAAGAUACGGAAACAUGUGUCAGUUGUCUAGAGGAUCACUACCCAAACAAAGGGCAGGAUCAAUGCAUCCGAAAGAUUCCAAAUUUCCUAGCUUUUGAUGAAAUGUUGGCCAUUGUUUCAACUUUCUCUGCACUUUCUUUGUCUCUGAUCACAGCUCUGGUGCUUGGCAUCUUUGUCAAGCACCGGGACACUGCCAUAGUCAAAGCCAACAACAGAAGUCUCACCUACAUACUCCUCAUCUCCCUCCUCUUCUGUUUCCUCUGCUCUUUCCUGUUCAUUGGAAUGCCUAAUAAGGCAACCUGCCUUCUUCGACAAACUGCUUUUGGUAUCAUCUUCUCUGUUUCCCUCUCUAGCAUCUUGGCCAAAACAAUCUCUGUAGUUUUGGCAUUCAUAGCCACCAAACCAGGUUCCAGAAUGAGGAAGUGGUUGGGGAAACGUCUGGCUUAUUCCAUUGUCCUUUCCUGCUCCCAAGUUCAAGUAGGCAUGUGUGCUCUGUGGCUGGCAACCUCUCCUCCAUUCCCAGAUUUGGAUAUGCACUCACUGCCUAAAGAAAUCAUAUUUCUAUGUAAUGAAGGGUCAGUCCUCAUGUUCUAUUGUGUUUUGGGCUACAUGGGUGUCCUGGCCAUUAUCAGCUUCACUGUGGCCUUCCUAGCUAGAAAGUUGCCUGACAGUUUUAAUGAAGCUAAGUUCAUCACCUUCAGCAUGUUAGUCUUUUGCAGUGUUUGGAUCUCCUUUGUUCCAACUUACCUGAGCACAAGAGGAAAAUACAUGGUGGCUGUGGAGAUCUUCUCCAUCUUGACUUCCAGUGCUGGGUUACUGGGUUGCAUCUUUUUUCCAAUAUGUUACAUUAUUUUGGUGAGACCUGAGUUGAACAGCAGGGAGCAGCUGAUAAGGAGAAAAAUAUAG